AUGUCUACCCAAAACACUCUCCGUCGCACCCGUCCAUCAAAUGCAGCCGCUCGGCCUGGCCAGAUAGUGCUUGACGCAAAGAUCAAGAGGCGUACCAAGGCGCAAAAGGCCGCCGACGACCUUGCCCUCAAGGAAGCGCAGGAAGCGCAGGAAGCACAGGUCCAAAAAGGGCUGGAACGCUUGGCUAGUAUGCAAAAUGAGAUGGAGAAAGCGCAGGAAGAAUUGCUCAACAAAAAGGUGAUCCCCGUUCGGCCCAAGCCAAGGGCUCGCAAGGCGACUAAGCCUGUAGUAAGGCGUGGUGUUGAUCAUACUGAUAACAUCAUUGAGGCUGAUGAAGCAAAUGACCUCCAGGAGGUUGUCGAGACCAUGGAGGCUGUCGGGACCAUGGAGGCUGUCGAGAACAUGGAGGAUGGAACCACAGGAGCAAAAAAGAAGAAGGUAACGAAGAAAGGUGGAAAGGCGCUGAUAAAGGAUGCUAUCAGUAACAUGCAAAAGAAGAUCAACGAACCAUCAUCAAAAUUGGAAGGUGAUAACGCCAAUAACGUGGCACGUGUAUCUGAUGGGAAAGAUACGCCAGCACCUUUCAAUGCUACCACUCAGAAAUUCGCAUUGGGUGGCUGGGUGACCAAUUGGAUUUCAGGCGUCAAGCCCGGGAAAUCAGAACCCAUGUCCCGUGCAUCCAGCACCUCAUUUCCAACUCGAGCGCCUCCAACAUCAAUUUUCUCACAAGGCACUGCCUCCACCGCGGCAACUUCGGAUGCACAGGUUCCAAUUUGCAAGCCUGUGGCUCCUGUUGCAGAAGACCUCAUUGGCGACUUUGCAGAUGAUAUCGAUGAUACGUUGGAACGCGAGGCCACGAUUGCCCAAGGCAAGGGGAAAUCGAAGGUGGCCUCGAUAUUCGAAGAUAAUGUGGACUUCGACGAGCCUAAUGCUCCAGUAGCGCAUGAGCUGGAUGAUUCUGUGACUUCAUUCACAGAACAGGAAUGGUACUCGCAGGAGCCCAAGGCCCCAUUCAUGCAGAUCGAAAAUCGCGGGACCCUCAAGCGAAAAGCUAGCGUGGAGGACCUCUUAGAUGACGAGGAGGAGUCUAUGGUGUCUGACUGGUCCAUGGAUAUCGAAGGCCCCGAUUUUGAAGACACAUUCGAGCCCGAGCCUCCAGUGGUAGUGAAGAAGGAGAAAGAUCUUCGCACAACAUUCUCAACAUCGGUUUCGGUUGUGACUUCUGUCCCCGACAGCAAACCACCUCCUCUCAAAAAAAUCAAAUUCGGGGCAUCCGCUGCACGUGCCCACAGCACUCAUGCCAUCAAAUGCCAGCUCAACGUGGACACUGUGCCGGAGAACAUGAAACCUCGUAGCGCAUAUCGUAAUGUUGAUUUACCUGCCACAUUGCAGGUAGAUCAACGCUGGGCAAAGAAGUAUCUUCCUACCGUCAUGUUAUGGGCUGGAAGUUAUGAAGACCUCUGGACUAUCCCAGACGACGUUCUUCUCCUUCAUGCGCAGCUAAUUUUUAACGCUGUAUUCAAGGAGCUGAACAUCACUAUUGUUCACGGCGGCGCGAUUCAUUCCCUUACUGCGCAGCGAAUUUCUGAAUGGCGCAGUAACUUCGGCUCGACGGGCCUGGUCAUUAUCCUGGACUUUUUAUCACGAAACUCUGACUGUGAUUCUGUUCAACUUGCCGCCCACCUUCUCGCAGACUAUGCAUUCCUAUUCGAGGACCCCGACAAGCCAAGUCCCCUCACGACAUAUCGUUCUCCUUUCGUAUUACAGCUGGUGGGUACAGCGCAUCUUAACGCCAUCAGUGGGUACGUUGACGUUCCCGACCUCGACACACACGCACUUGCGACAAGGGCCAUCAGGAUGUCGGGCGUUAUUGCCCUUUGUGCCGCAGCAAUCGAGCGCGCCCUGGGAAUGUUCGCAAACAAAAACUUGAAAGUCAAGGAUAUAUUGGCGUCCAGUGCCAGAGGUAAACUCGUCAUCAAACUACCCAAAGUGCUCAACAAGGUCACCGGGAAGAUGACCAAUGCCCCGUUUUUGUUUUCAGCAGCUCGCUGGGCCAAAGUCACCACAUCAUUCAUGAAGUCUAUCUCGAGCAAGCCUGCUGGGUAUGUAGAGACCACAGUACAGAUGGCGCGUGCUUGUACUGCCUUAAACGACACCAUCGAAUCACCGCAGGACUCGCUUAAUGACGACGAGUCGGAGGACGAUGAACGCGCUAUGCUUUUUGUACCUGUUGACGAGUGCGGCACCGAUAACUCGGAAUCGUUGGAGUUCCAGGACUCCCCUGCACCCUCUAUUCGUGACGGAAAGAGGGUAGGGAAUCUCUCCGAGGCCGACUGGUCAGCUGAAAACCUGGACAGAGAAGAUGACGAGCCUGAGGUUGAUGAAUUGAACGACGGGUCUGAUGGUAGUGAUCACUCGGUACUAGAAAUGACUGACGUGGAUGAUAUCUCCUCGGGUCCUGCUGCGUUCGCGUUCGUCAAUAUGGACUCUGCAUCAUUCAAUACUUCUCGUAAACGGAAACGAGAGUCCAAGUCCCCUCAGGCUGCACCCAUGGAAAAAUACAAACACAAUAGAUUCGUGCCGCAGGGCCACCUCUCCGACAAAACGAUUGAUCAGAUACUCACCGGAAAACAGAAGAAAACCAAAGGAAAGGCUAGGAAAUCCAGUGUCGGAGUGAGUGACACUAGCGAAGAUGAGGAAAGUAACGCACCGCGAAGAUUCACGGUAUAUGUUCAAGUGUGGUCCGAGGCACCAAUAGAAAAAAAGUCAGGCAAGGGUGCCAAAGCGUCUGUAACGAUCGUUUCGCGGGGCCCGUGCAAAAUGGAUACAUCACGCACCUUCCAAUCCUUCAAGCACGACAUUGCGAAGGUCUUGCCAUGUCGACUAACGAUGCUUCCGGUCACGAAGUUCGAAUGGAAAUUCGAAAAUCAGGCCCAGAGUGCUCCGCGCAAGAAGAUCGCAGAUGAACCCGGUUACGAGGCACUUCUUGACGCCGUCAAGGCAAAACGAGCAGCCGAGAAUAUUGUCAUAUGGCUAUACACUCCGAAACCUGCAAAAGACGAACAAGAUUGGGAUACGGGUGAUCCAGACUACGUCGAGCGUCCAUUCAACUUCGAUGAAGAAACAGCUGGUACUCACACUACCAAAGGAAUGAUUGAUGACAUGUCUACUAAACGAAGGAAGGCUGAGGCCGAACUCGAAUCACUGUAUCCAGUUGGCAGAUAUCCGCUUUUUCCACAACUACGUGUUUGGCAUGACGAGAGGAUGGGCUCGUAUUUUGAGCUGACUGAGAUACGAAUGAAGGUUUGGGCAAAUUCAAUUGCAGCAGGAAGAGCUGAUACCUCAGCACCUCCAACCACGAGGCAUUUCACUGAAAAACUCAAGGUGCCACGUCCUCCACCCGAUGCACCUCGUUCAACAUUCGGUGAAUUUCAUCGUCAGCGCCAACUGGAGCAGGCCCUCGAAGGCCAGGAACUAGCUCCUCCACCUCCACUCCACGGUCCUCCACCUCCGAGUCUACAUGGUCCUCCCGUGCCUGCACAUCCAUAUGGUCCUCCAUUCCCGGGGUCUCAUGUCCACGGUCCUACUAUGCACCAGCUUUUUCAUCCGGCUCAAUAUAUGCACUCUCCGUACAUUGGUGGGUAUCCGUAUGGGCCAUUGCCCUAUUACUCAGCUAUGCGCGAUCACACACAACCCCAAGCAGCAAUCGUUCCACCUACUGGCGAGGUACCUUCAGCAUCUUCGUCUCCCGGUACAACAACUUCUCACGCUGUAUCACUGUCUGAGUUUUGCACCAAGUAUCAUGUUUCUACCAGCGACGAAGCGAAGCUCACAGCUCUCGAAUAUCAGCCUGGAAACAGAGCUGUCGAGACACUUGACGAGAAGGAAUGGCGGGAACGCCAUAAAGUCGGGCACUUGGUCCAAAUGAUUCUGUAG